AGUUUCAUCAGUAUACUCGUAUAUAAAGAGAUUGCAAAUUUCGGCGCACUGAGUCUCCGUCCGCUUUCAACAGCCAAGCUGAACGAAAAUCACACAAUAUGGGAAAAUUCGCGGUUGUCUUGUGCCUCCUGGCCAUUGUUUAUGGUACCAGCUGCAGCGAAGCUGAUAUUACCAAAAUUGUUACCCGCAUGAUUCUGAAGGUAGACAGGGAAAUCAUCGCGAUCUACAACGCACAAUCAGCGAUGGACGAUGAAUUGGAUUACGUGAAAUCCAACGCUUCGGCUAUUGAGAGCACUGUAAAUGGAACUGUGGUAGGAAUGGUCAGCAAGUACGAAGCGCAGUGGAAUACCUUGGUGAGUUCCACCAGUGUCGAUUACGACUCGUGCGAUGUCUCGUGGUCGAAUGAGUACACGAAGGCUGAUGCUCUCGUAGACGAAAUAUGCGAUUGCAUCGAGUGCUACGUGUCCAGUGCAGAGUCCUCUUGCCAAACGUUCAGCGACUACGUCGAUGAAGCCGCAGACUUUCUGCUGCUGAAGUUACGGAAGAUCGCGGCGGCCGACGAUGAAUCGAUAUUCAAUUUCUACACCGAUGUGACAGGCGCUGGAUCGAACAUCACCCAUGAGGCUUUGUUAUUAAACACCGUAGCGGCAAUGGAAAACAAAUUCGCCAAGACGUCCAGCGAUUUUUCCUACAAGGUGUUCAAUUGCUUGAACGCAACUGCGGUGGUGAAUUUCGCAACGGCUGUGAAAGACUAUUACAUCGAUGCGGAAACUUGUUUGACGGGUUUGGAAAGCAGUUCUACAUAGAAUUUGUCGCAAUUUAUACCGGAGUGACAAUAUUUACUAUAUCCAUACAUAAUUGUUAAUACAAUACAGUUUUAUUCCGAUAUAA